AUGGCCAUCUCUCUCACUUAUGUUCCCUUAUUCAUAUGUUCCACGAUAAUUCGAAAAAAUCGUUAUCGUAUUGAGAAACUUCACAGCAGACAUUUGCUCGAGAUGCCAAUGGAAAGAUUUGCUACGUUGCAGAUUCCAACUGCUACAUUGAUUGUUAUCCUAUUCCAGUUGAUACAAAAAGAGAUUGUUGCACAACAUCAACAAUAUAUAAAUGCCUCCGCUUAUCAAGACCUUGAUCAUCCUCUAUCUAACGAUUAUCGUCAAUUGAACACUUUAUCGUUGAUACGUGAAAUAUCGCACAAUCAAUAUGCUUAUUCGCGUCGAAAUAUUAUUGACGGUGUCAACGAGUCACUUGAACAUUAUUCAGACGUUUAUUUUUGUUUGCUUCGAGAAGAUUUUAUUGAGCUAUUGAGGGAUAGUAUUCAACAUUUUAAAAGUAGAACACCCUCAAAAAAAUUAUAUUGUAUCGUUGGUUGUUUGUACUUCUUGAAAGUAAAACAGAGCAAAUAA